AUGUCUAUUUGCUUGUUUCCUACAACACCAAUGCUGCCUCGUCUACUGGACGACGUCUUCGCAGAAAUCAGCGACAUUGACCGAGCCCUACGUCGUCAUUCAAGAAAAGAAUCAAUUGCAGUGGGCCAGUUAGACAAAGUGGAUCCUCGCGGCCGAGUUGAGGGGAAACAGGAGACCAAGGAAGAGCACGGCUACGCUAUGAGAUCGUUCGUUCGUCAGUGGACCCUCCCGGAGGAUGUCAACGUGGAUGAGCUUCGAUCCACUAUUACUGAAGAAGGUCAUCUGUCCAUCGAAGCACCAAAGCUGAAGGUGAAGCCAGCACUCAAUGCCAAGAACAUUCCGAUUCAGAAGGCUGUUAAAGACCAAUAA